UCCUGCGAGCGAGAGAGAGAGAGAAAGAGAGCAUGACUUCUUUCCUCGCCAAACACAUUGUCAAACUGCGCACAUCACCCAGCCUUCAUCCGUGCUACCACACCGCCGCGAGGAAUAUGACGACCACCAACGACGAAGCCACGCGCCUCGAGGAGGCGGCGGCUCGGCUGUCGAAGCACUACCACAGUGCGGGCGCACGGACAAGCGCGGCAGAGGAGCGGGAGCGCGCGCGUACGUCGUCGGGUAGCAUGAUGGGCGGGCUGGCGGCGCCGCUGCUGGAGCAGAUGGGCCUGUUGUCGUCGUCGUCGUCGGCGGCGGCGGCGGCGGCGGUCCACGAUGUGACGGGCUCGCCGUCGCAGCCGCAGAAGCAGCCGUCGAUCCGGCUGCUGGACAGCGCGUGCGGGCCGGGCGUGUUCACGCGCGAGGUGCAGGGCGCGCUGGGGAGGACUGCGGAGGGGAGGGAGGUGCUCGCGCGGAGCCGCUUCGUGUGCGCGGAUAGCUCGCCGGGGAUGGUGGAGGCUGCGAGGAGGAGGAUGGAGGAGGAGGAGUGGGUAAAUGCUGAGGCGAGGGUUGCGGAUGCGAUGGAUACGGGGCUGCCGGAUGAUGCGUUUACACAUGUGGCCAUCACGCUCGGGUUGCAUCUGAUACCCCAGCCGGAUGCCGUUCUUGCGGACGUCAAGCGGGUGCUUCGGCACGGCGGCAUGUUCGGGGCAACCACGUUCCCGGCGUCCAACGCGGACAAGUUCUGGUUCGCGGACCUGCGGGAGGCUUUCGCGUCGAUGCCGUUCGAGGCGCCGCUGCCGGCACGGAUGCCGAUGCAGGUGCACGGGAGCGGACGGUGGUACGACGCGGGAUGGGUGGAGGAGCACCUGACGACGACGACGCAACAGCAGCAGGGGACCUUCCGCGACGUGCGGGUGAGGGUCGUGCCAGGGCGGUACCGCGUGGAGAGCCCCACGGCGUGGCUGCGCACGUUUGGCGGGAUGCUGUCGUGGGUGACGGGCGCGUGGUGGCCGGAGGAGCUGCGCGCGGAGCACGGCGAGGAGGAGGUUAGGGGGUUGGUCAGGAGGUUCCUUGAGGAAAAGUAUGGCGAUGUCGAGGAGGGGUGGGACGUGGAGUGGGAGGUGAUUUGCAUGACGGCCGUGGUGGACAAGGGACAGCAGAUGGGUGAUGCAUGA